AUGAAUGAUUUGAAGAAUGAUGACUUUGAUUAUGAAUUAUACUAUACUACUGCUAAUGAUACAUAUGAUAAUAUUUCAUCCGAUGAAGAGGAUGACGAUAUGCUAACGUUGUUCGAUCCUAUUAAACCACGAGUUUACAUGAGCAAUUUUCAAAUUGGAUUAAUUCAUUUUUUUUUAUCUUCUUCUUUUAUGAUACUCCAAUUUUUAGUAUUUUCUAGUUUUUACAAUAACAAAACAAUUUUUAAAAAAACAUGCUUUAAAAUAAUAUUCAAUCAUGGAAUUUUAUCACUUAUUCAACAAAUUUGUCAUAUUAUAACUUCAAUAAUAACUAUUUUAGAGAAAGAAGAAAUAAAUGUGGUACUUCCAAUAAUUGGAGCAAUAUUAACUGCUUCAUAUAUAGGAAGUACAUCAUUUAUCCUUCUUUUAACAUUAAAUCGUUUUGAUAUUGUUUAUGACAUCAAUUUUUUACAUAAUAUAGAAAAAGAAAAGUUUUAUUUAAUUGGAAUUGUUUUAUGUUAUAUAUGGACAAUAGUAAUAUUUAUUGGUUAUAGUAUAAUACCUGCAUGUAAAUUAACAUUUAGUUUUACUAGUUAUGAAUGGAUAUAUUUAAAUUCUGAAGAAGUUUUUGAAUUUGAAAAAAAUUUUAUUUUUUUAAUGUUAGGAAUAUCAUUUGUUUUACAAUUUAUGGUUUUAUUGAAAAUACUCUUUCUUCGUUGUGGUACUAGUAGAAAGAUAGUAUUUGUUCCUGAUGAUUUAAAAAUUGUCUUUCAUGCAUUUUUAUGUUUUGCUACAACAUUUUUUCUUGAAUUACUAUGGGAAGGAUUACUUUUUCAAUCAUACUUUACAGGAACAUUUAUAAUUGUUCCACAUCUUUUAUAUAUAUUUUCCUCAGUUUCUAAUAGUUUUUUUAUUUUAUGUUGUGUUAAAGAAAUUCGUAAAAAUAUUAUAAUUUAUAGGUAUUAUAAGAAAAAAUUUAAAAAUAGUAGUCCUGUUAAAAGUAUCAAGUUAACAUUUAAUACUAAUGGAAAUAAACUGAUUAAUAAUGUGUCAAUUUUAUCUUAA